AUGGAUAUUGUAUACAAAAAUGCAGCUUUAAAUUCUCAUGCUAAAUCAUCAAGUACAUCAAAUAUGAUGGCAAGUCCUUAUUCAACAAAUACUCCAUAGACUUGUAGGUCUGUAUUAUAAUUUGUUCCAUUCAUCCAAUCAUCUCUUAAAAUAUAACAAAUGAAAAAUUUAAUUUUAAAGGAGAGAAAAGAAUAUGAUAAAAAAAAACAAAUUGUAGAAUCAGGUUAGUUAACUUAAAGAGGCAUGACCAAAUAUCUCAAACCAAAUAGUAAUUCAAUAUAUCAUACAAGGAUUGAAAUGGUAAAAAAAUGAACUAAGACUUUGUAAUACGAUAAUAGAGACAAAAUUAAAAAUAGCUGAUUUAAUAUUGAAUACAAAAGGUGGAUAAUCUAGAAAGGAUAUAUUAAUUGAAAAGAUCUAAACUCAAAUAGAAAGCCCAAGACAGAUUUUUAGCUCAAGAACAAUUAAAAGUGAACAUAAUGUUCAACAAUUUAUGGAUAGAAUAAAAACUUAAACUAUUCCUUUUAAAUUAAGAUCAGAUGCUUAAUCUCCCUCGAAAAUUAAUCAAUCUCAAAAAAUCAUCUAAAAUUUCACAACUACAUUAAAAACAGAAUGA